AAAAGAGGGGAACACGCGGAAGAAGGAGAUGUGAGAUCGUCUGGGAAGGGGCGUCAGGACUGAGUUCCGUCUUCCGUAUCCUCUCGUUCUUUCUUGUCCGUGAUUUCCGUGGCGAGGGAGAUGAAGAGGUCCGGCAUCUUCUUUGCCUCUGCUGUUGCCGCGUCGUCCGCGGCCUUCACCUCCUCGGACGAUCAUCAGAUCCGCCUUCUGAAGCCCUCGGACGAGGCGCUGUCCGGCGGAAAUGGCUCUUCUUCGGCGUCACAGAGGAAUCUGGCCGCCGAUAAGUUCGCACCGAGGUUCGACGGCCUGCGAUUCAUCGAGACUCUGAUCACGGCUCACAGAUGAUUCUUUGUGUUUUCGUGCUCUUCCGUCACUUCUUGAUUUCCUCGCAUCGUGGCUCUCUGAAGCGGAAGCUGUGAAACUGGCCCCUUCGGGUUCGGGCGGAGAAAGGGAAGCCUGCGACGUCAGGGAGGAAGAGCUAUUCGUAAGACGUCCUCAAUAAGGGCGUCCAUUUUUGGUAGGCGUGUAUGUGUCUAGGUUUUUUGAGUGUACGAAAUUUCCAUGUGGUUUAAAUUCACUUGGAAUGGUUUCGUAUUUGGACUAUUUCGCCAAUUCUUUGUUUUUUCUCCCCGGUUUAUCAAAAGUUGGUGCCCUGUAAAUCUUCCUGUUUAUACUCAUCGAAAUUUGUUUCGCGGAAUUAUGAAUGCUGAUUCCAUGAGAUCA